UCGCUAAAGGAAAAACAAACACAGCAAAAAUUGCGCCAAUGCUAAUAAUAAAUUUCCCAUUAGUACGGUUUUGGCGUUCGGCGUGUGUAAAAGUGAAAAUUUUCCGAACAAAAAUUUUUUUGUUUUUGGCGCUCGUGUAAAAAAAAUAAAUAUUUUGACCUUUACCGAAAAGACAUGAAAAAAAAAUGUAAAAAUCGAUGAAAAAAGACAAGAAAAUAUUUUUUUUUUUUGUAACUGCAGCUACAACAGUAAAAACAACAUUUCGUGUGUGUAUGUGACAGCAAUCGAUCGAUCGUAAAAAAAAACAGCAAAAUAAAGUGAAAGCCUUUUUCCAACAAUGUACAGUGAUUGAAGUGACUGACAAAUAAAUUUUCCGUUUAUUUAUUUAAAUAUUUAUAAAACCCAAAAAAAAAAAGGAAAAUCAAGCAUGGAUUGCUGGAUGAGUGAUAUAGAUCCAGAAACGCUUCUGGAAUGGCUCUCCAUGGGCCAAGGAGACGAACGCGACAUGCAACUAAUCGCCUUGGAGCAACUUUGCAUGUUGCUCUUGAUGUCCGACAACGUCGACAGAUGCUUCGAAAGUUGCCCGCCACGUACCUUCCUGCCGGCUUUGUGCAAAAUCUUCUUGGAUGAAUUGGCGCCCGAAAAUGUCUUGGAAGUCACGGCACGUGCAAUCACCUACUACCUGGAUGUCUCGGCGGAAUGCACGCGUCGCAUUGUCGCGAUCGACGGUGCCAUCAAAGCGAUUUGCAAUCGUCUCGUGGUUGCGGAACUCGCAAGUCGCACAAGCCGCGAUCUCGCCGAGCAGUGCAUCAAAGUGCUGGAAUUGAUUUGUACACGUGAAGCAGGUGCCGUUUUCGAGGGCGGCGGUUUAAGUUGCGUUUUGUCGUUCAUUCGGGACAAUGGGUCGCAAAUUCACAAAGACACGUUGCAUUCGGCGAUGGCAGUUGUCUCACGAUUAUGCACAAAAGUCGAACCACAAGCGGGAAACAUCCAGCAAUGCGUCGAGCAUUUAAGCACGUUGUUGCAACACGAAGACACGAUGGUCGCGGAUGGGGCGUUAAAGUGUUUCGCCUCCGUAGCAGACCGUUUCAUACGAAAAGGCGUCGAUAUCGCACCUCUGGCGGAAUACGGACUCGUCAAUGAGCUUCUAAAUAGACUGAGUAACGCGGCGGGACCUGUUCAUGCCAGCAGCACAUCAACUUCGGGCGGCGAACAAACAACCGACAGCACUUUGAGUGUCCCGAAAACGCAACCAGCUGAAACAAGUCGAUCGACGCAAUCAAUUGCCACGACAAUUUCGCUGUUGGCAACUUUGUGUCGCGGUUCGCCAUCUAUCACACACGAUCUCCUCCGCUCAAAUCUCCCCGAAGCCAUGGAACGGGCUCUCAAGGGGGACGAACGCUGCAUUUUGGACUGCAUGCGACUCGCAGACUUGAUUUUGUUGCUUCUUUUCGAAGGCAGACAAGCUCUGGGACGUGUAAGCGGGCAGCAGGGACAGUUAAUUCCGCGUGUGCGACGCGCUGAUUCGAGUGUCGAACGAACGCAUCGUCAAUUAAUCGACUGUAUUCGCAGCAAAGACACCGAAGCGCUUAUCGAAGCCAUCGAAUCGGGUGGCAUUGAUGUGAAUUGCAUGGAUGAUGUGGGUCAAACGCUGCUUAAUUGGGCAUCUGCCUUCGGAACUCUCGAAAUGGUCGAGUUUUUGUGUGAUAAGGGAGCGGAUGUCAACAAGGGGCAACGGAGCUCGUCUUUGCAUUACGCAGCGUGUUUCGGACGACCUGGAAUCGCAAAAGUUUUGCUGAAACAUGGCGCCAAUCCGGAUUUACGGGAUGAAGAUGGCAAAACCGCCUUGGAUAAAGCUCGCGAACGUCCCGAUGAGGGACAUCGUGAAGUUGCGUCGAUUUUGUUGUCGCCCGGAGAGUAUAUGGCGUCGAUUAGCAGGAAAGAUGGCACCACGGAGGGCACGGAAAAUAAUGAGCCACGUGGAGAUCCCGAAAUGGCACCGAUUUAUUUGAAAUUCUUCCUGCCCGUGUUCUGCAAGACGUUCCAAAAUACGAUGUUGGCGAGCGUUCGCAGAUCUAGUUUAGGUCUCAUCAAGAAAAUGGUCCAAUACGUGCAACCGGAAGUCCUUACCGAUUUGUGUGCCGCCGAAAAUAAUCAAAAUCUCGGCACAUUGCUGGUCGAAGUGAUCGCCAGUGUCUUAGACAACGAGGAUGACGAAGAUGGGCAUUUGGCUGUGUUAAUAAUCAUCGAAGAGAUGAUGUCGAAGACAAAAGAUGAGUUUUUGGACCAUUUUGCACGUUUAGGUGUCUUUUCCAAGGUUCAAGCUCUCAUUGGAACCACUUCGGAAGUGGAGGUUGAGUCUCAAAUCAAGUCACAAGAGGAACCUAAAUCAAGUAAAGACCCCGUUGACAUCGUUGAAGACGCAAAAGACAUCCUUUCGGGUCGCGCAUAUCAUUGGCGUGAUUGGAGUAUCUGUCGCGGUCGUGAUUGUCUCUACGUUUGGUCCGAUUCAGCAGCACUUGAAUUGUCCAAUGGCUCAAAUGGAUGGUUCCGAUUCAUUUUGGAUGGAAAAUUGGCGACUAUGUACUCGAGCGGAAGUCCUGAAAACGGCAACGAUAGCAGCGGCAAUAAGGGGAGAACUGAAACACUUCCCAAUGAAGAAAAUCGUGGAGAAUUUCUGGAAAAAUUGCAAAGAGCUCGUGCAGCUGUUCGUCAAGGACAACCAAGUCAACCAAUAUUGACAAAUCCGGGCCCUCAUAAGAUCAUUGUCGGAAAUUGGGUGUUGCAAAGUCAAAAGGAGCAACAGUUGCAUAUUCAUAACUCGGAAGGACAUCAAGUCACAAUCCUACAAGACGACUUACCCGGCUUCAUCUUCGAAAGCAAUCGCGGAACAAAGCACACAUUCACCGCCGAAACAACUUUAGGUCCCGAUUUCGCCGUCGGAUGGUCCAACAUCCGCAAGAAAAAGAUCAAAUCCAAAGUAGAAGCCCAAAAAUGUCAAGUCAAGAACCUGGCACGCGAAAUUUACAACAAAUACUUCAAAGCGGCACAAGCAGUCCCACGCGGCGCUGUCGCCAAACUCACCAAUAUCGUGCGUCUCAUCGAACAAGCACUCGAAGAGCAAUGCGGACAAAACUCCAUCCUCGAAAAAAGUCAACAUUUGAGCACUUCGUGGCAGGAAAAGCUUCGCAACGCCUUAAACGAACUCGCCCAACUACUUCAGGAAGACGGCGUGAUCAGCGCUUACGAAAUGCACAGCUCCGGUCUCGUUCAAGCACUCGUCGCGGUACUUUCAAAGAACUAUUGGGAACUCGGUUUGAACCGCAGUCGCGCCAACAAGCUACAAAAACAGCGAAUCCAGAUUUUCCGUCAGUGUAUUUUCAAUAAUACGCCAAUUGAGGGCGGCAGCACGAAAGGAGGCAACAAGAAAAAUAACACGGCAACGAUUUUGGUGCAAAAACUCGUCGCUGUGUUGGAAAGUAUCGAAAAAUUGCCGGUUUAUAUGUACGAUUCGCCAAACGGGGGUUUGCAAAUUCUCACGAAACGUCUUCGUUUCCGCCUGGAACGUGCCCCGAGUGAGUCGACGUUGUACGAUCGCACCGGAAGAACACUGAAAAUGGAGCCUUUAGCAACUGUGGGACAAAUGAACAAGUAUUUGUUGAAGAUGGUAGCGAAGCAAUGGUACGACAUGGACCGCAUUUCGUUCUAUUACCUGAAAAAAUUGAAGGAAAAUCCGGAUUUGUGUUUCAAACAUCAACACGACUUCGAUGAGAACGGCAUAAUUUACUUCAUUGGCACGAACGGAAAGACCACAGAAUGGGUAAACCCGGCGCAAUAUGGUCUCGUGACUGUUACAAGCUCGGAAGGGAAACAACUCCCCUACGGAAAACUCGAAGAUAUCCUGUCGCGUGACAGUAUCAGCAAUUGCCACACGAAAGACAACAAAAAAGCGUGGUUUGCCGUCGAUUUGGGCGUUUUUGUCAUCCCAACUGCUUACACGAUGCGUCAUGCUCGCGGUUAUGGACGCUCCGCACUGCGAAAUUGGUUGUUCCAAAUGUCAAAAGAUGGCGUCAAUUGGGUCACGUUGAUGACGCACAACGACGACAAAAGUUUGGCGGAUCCCGGAAGCACUUGCACCUGGAAAAUCGAGUGUUCUGCCGACGAGACUCAAGGCUAUCGUCACAUCCGCAUCCAACAAAAUGGUCGAAACGCCUCCGGGCAAACACAUUACCUGAGUUUGUCGGGUUUGGAAAUUUAUGGACGUGUCACGGGCGUUUGCGAGGACAUUGGAAAAGCUGUUGCUAAAGAAAGUGAGGCAAAAGCACGUCGCGAACGUCGUUUGAUCCGCUCGCAAUUGAAACAUAUCGUAAAAGGGGCUCGUGUUGUACGUGGCGUCGAUUGGCGCUGGGAUGAUCAAGACGGAAAUCCAUCAUGCGAAGGCACUGUCACGGGCGAAAUCCACAACGGAUGGAUCGACGUGAAAUGGGAUCAUGGCGUUCGAAAUUCGUAUCGCAUGGGCGCCGAAGGCAAAUACGACUUGAAACUCGUGAAUUGUGAAAAUUUGUCUUCUUUGGAGGCAACGAGCACCGCGCAGUCCAGCACGAAUUUGAAUGUUCCGAUGGGCAAAAAGCCAAGCGGCGAGAAAACAAGCACCGGAAGUAGUACGAGUAGUGGCUCAUUAACGAGUCGCAAGUCAAGUUCGACUCCCAGUUUGCCAGAAGCUACGUCAGAUGGGCAAUUUGUGACAAAAGCAUCCGUGGCAUCGACAGAUCAAGCUGCAUCGGCGGAUAAUUUGGCGUGGAAACAAGCUGUUGAAGUAAUUGCUGAAAAUGUUUUGUCCUGUGCGAAGAGUGACAUCGUCUCGGGGUCUUCGGACUUGCAUAGUAACAGCAAUCAAACGGAAGUAGCAGUUGUGGUGCAUCCGCUGAAGGAGACUCGGAAUGAAAAUCACCCGGAUUUGUCGACAAUUAAUAAUUCGACGCACGCUUUGGUCUCGGAUUUGGCUACAAUCACGGAAAAUCUGACAUUGACAGAUGAUAACAUCAAAAAUAAGGCUGGCACGAGUUAUGGAAUGAGUGGCACAAUUCAUCGACAACUCUCCGAAGACAAUAGUCGCAGUGCGAAUUUGCACGAAGUGACGAACAACAAGAUGAACAUCAGUAAUUCGACCAAUAGUAUCAGCAAGGCGUUCCUUACGAGCUACAAAAGUGAAGUUUUGGACAAGAUGCGCGAAGGAGUCGACAUGUUACGCAAUAAUACCAACACUUUGUUGUCCUCCGAUAUCCUGUCACAGACAAAUUUGUUGUCAUCCGUCAAAAUUUCGCUCCCAAAGACAUCGGGAACGAUUGGCGCCACGUCAACAGACACUGCAACAGCUUCCGGUCAAACCUCGUCGGCUGCGGGAGGCGUUUGCAAGACAAUUGGCAGCACGCCGCCCAUCGAAGACUCCAAAUUCAAGAAAGCAAUUAACGAGGUUGAGAAAUAUCUGCAACUUUCGGGUCCAUUUGACGAGGGAUGCUCCUCGCUCAACCUGUUUGAGACUGUGACAGCGCCGGGAAGUGGCAAAAAUGACCUUGAAAUUAGUGAUGCGACAAUAAUUCCGACGCCGCCCGCCCAAAUUCCCACAAUGGAGACAAUUUCGAGUUUGUCGGCGAUUACGCCAACGGGACCUGCAGUGAUUUCCGUGCCGCCGACAGAUGCGACAGCGACACAAACUGGCGCGUCAGAUGCUGCGGUUGUUGUUUCCAAUCCCAUGAGUGUGAGUGUGCCGAAUUUGACGUCGUCCACAAUUUCGCAGGAUAGUCAGGAAAGUCAAAAUGAGCCACCGACGCCGCCGGGAUUGCUUGAGACGUUUGCACAAAUGGCACGAAGACGUACUUCGGGAGGCACGAAUUUGUCGGCAGUUAAUAAUCAGGCGAUGAAUGUGUCGAAUAUCGCAAACAAUCAAAAUAGUUCGGGAAGUUUCUUUCCGCGGGGACCGAAUUCUGUUACAAGUCUUGUUAAGUUGGCCUUGUCCAGUAAUUUUCACUCUGGACUUCUCAGUACAGCACAAAGUUAUCCGAGUCUUAAUAGUUCGACAGUUCCAACAACAACUGCUGCACAAACAUCUGGCACAGGACAAACCCCAUCGUUUAAUCCUGCUUUGACAAUGAGUCUCACCUCGACCUCGAGUGACAGCGAACAAGUCUCGUUAGAAGAUUUCUUGGAAAGUUGUCGUGCUCCCACCCUUUUGGGCGACUUGGAUGACGACGAUGAGAUGGAUGAUGAUGAAAACAACGACGACGAAAACGAAGACGAGUACGAAGAAGUUGGCAACACCUUGUUACAAGUGAUGGUCUCGCGCAACUUGCUCUCUUUCAUGGACGAAGAAACAUUGGAAAAUCGUCUCGCUGCCGCUGGAAAACGCAAGUCAUGGGACGACGAGUUCGUUCUGAAGCGACAAUUUUCCGCUUUAAUUCCCGCUUUUGAUCCACGUCCCGGGCGUACAAACAUCAAUCAAACGUCAGAUUUGGAAAUUCCCGCUCCAGGCGCCGAAACUGAAAUCAAAAUGACCGACGUUGUGUUGAUGCCGCAACCUUCGUUGUUUUUGGUGCUUCGUGGACCGAAUCUCGCUGGCUUUACAGAUGUCGAUAUUCCGUUGACAAAUCCCGAUUGGACCAUUUUCCGGUACGUGCAAGAACUGAUCCAGAUGACAAACAUCCCGAAACACGAAAAAGCGCGAAAAAUCUGGGAACCAACGUACACAAUUGUCUACAAGGAGGCAAAUAAGGACGAGAACAGCAGCAGUGGCGAAGACGGAAGAGCAACGCCGGUUAUUUCGAUGUUUUCGGGCGGCGGCAGAAGCGGCGGAUCAACAUUAUCGCCAAGUUCGCCGAUGGCAGUGACACCUUCCGGGCUACAUUGCUCCGUUGACGACGUUUUGCAGCUUUUGGCGCAAUUGAACACGAUCAAUGUGCAAUCAAUUAAACAUAAUGACCUCGAUUUGUCGCUAAAUCCCGAGAUGUUCAUGAGCAAAAAGGUCACCAACAAGCUCCAGCAGCAAAUUCAAGACCCUCUCGUACUUUCGAGCAACAGUUUGCCGGGCUGGUGCGAAAAUUUCAAUCAAGGAUGUCCAUUUAUCUUCCCCUUCGAGACGCGCCAACUUUAUUUCAACUGCACGGCAUUCGGGGCAUCACGCAGCAUUGUGUGGCUUCAAUCGCAACGCGAUAACGAAAGACAACGUCAACCAGGCCUAAGUCCCCGACACCCCGAACAACACGAAUUCCGCGUUGGGCGUUUGAAGCACGAACGUGUCAAGGUUCCGCGCAACGAUCGCUUGCUCGAAUGGGCGAUGCAGGUCAUGAAAGUGCAUUGCAAUCGAAAAUCCGUGCUCGAAGUCGAGUUUAUUGGCGAAGAAGGCACCGGAUUGGGUCCAACACUCGAAUUUUAUGCACUCGUUGCUGCCGAGUUGCAACGCUCUGACCUCGGAAUGUGGCUUUAUGACGACGAAAAUGACGCCGGUAACGACGAAGAAACCGAUUUAGGUGAAGGUGUCAAGCCUCCCGGCUUUUACGUACGUCGUUCGACGGGAUUAUUCCCCGCCCCAUUGCCACAAGACGACGAAAUUUGCGAAAAAAUCAGCAAAUAUUACUGGUUCCUCGGCGUUUUCCUGGCAAAAGUACUUCAGGACGGGCGUUUGGUGGAUCUUCCGUUCUCCACGAGCUUCUUGAAACUCCUGUGUCACAACAAAUCUCUCGCGAAACCGCGUCUCGUCAAUACCAAAACCUCCGAAGACAUCAUGAUCUCGAGUCUGAUGUCGGAAGAAAGUGACCGGGAUCUCAUCGAAUCGUGUUCCAAAUUGAUUGUCAACGAGAUGCAAGACGAUUCGUGGUUCAUGAUACUUGCGCAAGAUGACUUGCACGAAAUUGACCCGAUUCGCAGCGAAUUUAUCAAAGAGCUGCAAGAAGUUGUGCGACAAAAGCAGGAAAUUGAGCAAAGUAACGAUUUUACGCCGGAAGAAAAGUUGGAGAAAAUCAAUAAUUUGCGGCUUGUGACGAAACAAGGACCUGUCGCGAUCGAAGAUUUGGCGCUGACGUUCACAUAUCUGCCAAGUAGCAAGAAAUACGGAUAUGAGGCGGCGGAUUUGUUGCCAAAUGGAUCGAAUAUCGACGUUACCAUCAACAAUGUCGAGGAAUAUUGUGAUUUAACGGUGAACUUCUGCUUGCACGAAGGCAUCGCCAAGCAAAUGCAAGCCUUCCAUAAGGGAUUCUGUGAGGUGUUCCCGCUAAAUAAGUUGGCAGCGUUUAGUGCAGAUGAAGUGCGAAAGAUUUUGUGCGGUGAUCAGUCGCCGAAAUGGACCAAAGAAGAUUUGCUCAACUACACAGAACCGAAAUUGGGUUACAGUAAAGACAGUCCUGGUUUCCUCCGUUUCGUCAACGUGUUGGUCAACAUGACCGGAUCCGAGCGCAAAGCAUUUUUACAAUUCACCACCGGAUGCAGUAGUUUGCCGCCAGGCGGUCUAGCAAAUCUCUAUCCGCGUCUCACGAUCGUGCGAAAAGUGGAUGCCGGCGAAGGCAGUUAUCCGUCGGUCAAUACGUGUGUGCAUUACUUGAAGCUUCCCGACUAUCCGACGGAAGAAAUUUUGCGAGAACGCCUUUUGACGGCUACCAAGGAGAAGGGAUUCCAUUUGAAUUAAA